GAAUAAAAUUGUCACGGUUCUGGGUCCGUUGGACCCAGUAUUUUGAGGUUAUUGUGUUUUGAUUUAAGUUUGCAUCAGGGAUUGUGUUCUUGUUCUCUUGUCGGGUUAUGGUAAUGUUUAUGGUGAUGAUUAUGAUUUCUAUUAUUAGAGUUCCAUGUUUCUGUUUAUCUGGGUUUAAGAUGCAGGUUUAGUUUCAUAUGUUAUUUCCUGUCUGUCUCUCGGUGUCGAGCCUGCGUGUGAUGUUUUAUUGUGAAGGUCUGUGUCAUAUGUGAGUGUGCUCAGUUUACGUUUCCCCUGUUCCGUCAGCUCAGAUUCCUCCCAGCUGUGUUGCCCUCCUGUGUCUCAUCCCCUGAUUACUGGUGUGUGUAUUUAAGCCCUGUGUGUUCUCCUGCCUGUUGCCGGUUCGUCUGCAUAACUCCGUGUCAGUCUGUUACCCUGUUCCUUAGUUUGCGUCUCUGCUCUCCGUUUUGUGGACUUCAGGUUUGCUCUUUAGUUUCUCCCAGUUUAGGUUUAUCAUUACUCAUGCUUCAUUUCCUGUUUUUUCCACUGCCACCGUGUUAAUAAACUUCACUCAUAUCGUCAGUUUGCUGCAUUUUGGGUCCUCCUUUUCCUCCACUCCACACGGCUCACUCCGCCAGCCGUGACAAAAAUACUAUAUAAAGUAGAAUAAAUAGAAUAAAAUAUACAAUAGGAUAAAAAUUUAUACUUACAAGUUUAUACUUUUUAGCACCUAAUGGAUAAAAUGUUCAUGUUACAUUAUUAAGUAUUACAGUUACAUUACAGAAAAAAAUACUUGGAUAAUAUAUGUUUUGUUUGUGAAUGUACUACUGAAGUAUUUUUGGACAGUGAAUUUAAAUAGGUGUAAAAUUGAGGUUUGGCGUUGCGUGAGCCAGUAAAUUUCUUCUUUAAGGCCUGCCUUUCCAUUCAGUUUAAUUUGAGUAAACAAGUUUUGAAGGACCAUUACAUUUUUAUCACUUAUUUUUGUUUUUAUCAGUCAAGCAUAUAGACUUUCCAUCUUUUCCAAUGCUUCUGUCCAGAAUUUAAUGGCUACAAAAGAACAUUUUUAACCUUCCAACUUUUCACAGCAUGCGAUUCCAUUCAACAGGUUAUUUUCUGAAGAAAAGGACGGAUAUUUCUUUUACAGCAACUCCACCACACACAAAGUUAGAUAAAGAUGGAGAGUUUCGAUGUGGUGAUGUGGAUGGACAUUACUGUCUGCCUUUUUUUGACUAUAUUGCUCAUCCUUUGGCUUUGUUUUGUGGUACGAAGGCAGCAGGUUCUGGUCACCUACUACACAAAUCUCUUAUUCUCCAAUCUAAUCCAGUUCAGUGUAAUGAUCUUCUGGAAGUCAAACAAAGACCAUGAAUAUUACACCACUGAAAUUAUUUUUAUCGGUAUUUACCUCUUUGGUUUGAUGGCUAAUCUUGAGUUCAAGAUGUGCAUUGCUGCUGAAAGGUGUUUCCUCAUCACCUGCCCACAGAUGAACUGUAUCAGACAAACUAAAGGUUCUUUGCUGGUCUCUGUUCUGGUCUGGAUCCUUUGUGUUAUCACUGCACCUCUUUGCAUAGUUUUGAACCAGCAAUUUCUCAUCACUAUUUUGGUCUUCAACCUCUCACCUAUGUUUAUCCUCAGUUUUGCUUGGACCCUCAGAGCUCUUCCUUCUGCCACCUCAGUGCCCACAGACGAAAAACGAAGAGUUUUAGGAACUUUAGUUGUGUUGCUGCUUAACCACUUUCUCAUGAUCUUUCCCAUGGCCGUUUGUUAUACUUCAACAUUUAGAUAUCGCAUGGGCUUUCCUGAUGGUGCAUUCAUCUUAUUUCUGCUCAGUCCUUUUAUGGACUUGGUUCUGUUUGUUUUCAUGCGUAAAGGGCCCAUUGAUAGAUUGCUGGCAGGUCUGUGUUUCUGCGGUAUGGACAACAUUGCAGGAGAUCUCAGUGUGACACCAACAGUGACAACACCAGUGUGAUAAUCUGACUGACAUAAAAGGAGAGAAACGUGCAGGAAACAGUGGGAGAGAUUAGAAAUGAUGAAGAAACAAACAAAAACCAUCCUUUAAUAAUCCAUGAAAUGAAAUUCAGGUCUAGGUUUUAGUGGCGGUGCUCUCAGUAGAAGCUCUGCUCUUGUUAAUAGUGUUUGAUACUUCAUAUCCACAUUGAUUUUUAUCUGCAAAUAAUAUGGUAUUUUUAUAUUCAAUAUGCAUUAUGUGAUGUCCCUUUGUAAAUUUGGCCCUUUUUUAUUAAACAAUUCCUUGCCUUAAAGGUCACAUGUUUAUUUUCUGGACAGUUUCCGUUUUCCUUUAUGAUAUUUGUAUGAUUUGGUUGUGGAUGCAUAAUGCUUAUAUCACAAAAACUUUUAAAAUGUUAUGUUUUAUAUUCAUUGUAAACUUAACCUGGAGGUUAAGAAAAGUCAGUUUUUCAUUUAGCCUAUUGUUUGCUGGGUUCUUUUAAAAUCAUUUCCAGUCCUGUCCUCUUAACCUCAGAGGCCAGUGUUUUAUCGAGCUCUGUUUUAGCCUUGCAGCUAUACAAAUAAAGUGUAUUAGGCCUUUCUUAAGCCUUUCUUAAGGUGUUUGUGGCUGGGACAAUUUCUCUGGAAAUGUGAGACAAGGCUGAGCAGCAGAAGACACCUUAUAGUGUCUUCCUAAAAAUGUGAAAUUAGAAUACUACCCACAACAAGGAGUAUAUACCAGUGGUCCCCAACCAUUUUUGCACCACGGACCGGUUUAUGUCCAACAGUAUUAUCACGGACCGCCCUAUAAGGUUAAAAUACAACAAAUACAACAAAAUAAAACCA